AUGUCAUGCUGCCUCGCUCCGAAAGCUGCCUUGAUGACGACCUUGCGAGCUGAAAAAGCUCUCUCCAUGACAACCUCGCGAGCUAGAUUGGCGACGCUAGGAAAGCUGGCAGGGCUAGGGAAGCUGUCGGAGCUUGGAAAUGACGACCUCACGGAGUUUGGGCAGUGGGCGAGCUUGGGAGCGACGACCUCGCUGAGCUUGGGAAGUUUGGUGGAGCUAAGGAAGUGGGCGAGCAUGGGAGCGACGACCUCGCGGAGCUUGGAAAGUUCGGUGGAGCUAAGGAAGUGGGCGAGCAUGGAAGCGACGACCUCGCGGAGCUUGGGAAGCUCGGUGGAGCUAAGGAAGUGGGCAAGCAUGGGAGCGAUGACCUGGCGAAGCUAA